AUGUCUUCUCUACCUAUUGUUUCAAUCACAAGACGAGAGUCUUUUAGUUCUUGUCAUAGAUUACACAGCCAAUUUUUAAGUGAUGAGGAAAACAAAAAGUUGUAUGGCAAGUGCAAUAAUCCAAAUGGACAUGGACAUAACUAUGUUGUUUUGGUGACUGUUAAAGGACCAGUAGAUCAACAAACCGGUAUGGUAAUGAAUGUUCAUGAUUUGAAGCGCUAUAUGCACUCUGCUAUAAUGGAACCAUUAGACCAUAAAAAUUUGGACCAAGAUGUUCCUUAUUUUAAAGCUGUGGUGAGCACCACAGAAAAUCUAGCAAUUUUUAUUUGGGAUCAAUUGCAAAAAAUAAUGGACAAGCCUCAAUUAUUGCAUGAAGUAAAAAUAUUAGAGACUGAAAAGAAUCAUGUUGUAUACAGAGGUGGUAAUACAUAUCAAAGAAAGAAAUUUAAUUCCAGUCUCCACACAAAUCACCAUGAUGUUUCUUCUGAUUCAGAC